UCAUUGUCUAUCACAAAAAAUCUCAAUAGAAUAUAUUAAAGUUUGUGGCUGAUGUUCCUUCAUCAAUGCAGAUCAUUAAAAUGCCCAUGCUUAUAUUCCUGUUGUAAAAUAAACCCUAAGCUGUAUUAGUGAACUGCUGAUCUUGUUUACUCUCCAGAAACAAAUGUAGAAAAUCCCACACAUUCCAAAUUCUCAGGUAUUUUACAGUUGAAGUGUAUUGCUGCCAAAUCAUUACAAAUAACUGUUUAAUGUUCAAUCUAUAACUACACACAGAAAAAUAAUAUACAAAGAUAAAAACAUAUAUGUGACUCUGUGGUGCUUAAUCCUGAAUGGUCCUGUCAUGGAGAGGCGGACUGUCCAAAAUAAGACACCCCUGCCCAGACUCUGAUUCCAUUGGUGGAUCGGGAUGCCAAAGCCCUGGUCCUGCUGAAAGGGGUGUGGUGACUGGUCGCUGUGGUGUGUGUGUGUGUGUGUGUGUGUUUACAGCUGAGCCUGUCCGUUUGACUGAGCAGGAGAACGGAGGGGGGCUACAGGGGAUCAUUCCAUGGACCAUCUGUCUUGCUGGCUGCACUCACAACAAAGAAGGACCCAGAAUGGUGUUAGUCCAUGUUGGAUAUCUGGUUCUCCCUGUCUUCGGCUCAGUUAGAAAUAGAGGAGCACACUUCAACAGGCAUCAGCACAGCCAUGCUACCUCCUGCCGACACUUUCACCUGGGCACUCCCCAGGCUCCCAUCUCAGCAGAGUUCCCUCUUGGACACGCUGGCCAGCCCCCGCAGGCAGGCCUGGCCGCCCACCUACCCCCCGCACACCACCCAACCCUCACUGCCCUGCCUGCACCCCCUCAGUUUCAGGACAUGCCAGGGCCUUCAUUCCUACCUCAGGCCUUACACCAGCAAUACCUCAUCCAGCAGCAGCUCUUUGAAGCGCAGCACCGCAGGAUCCUUCCUCACUCAUCCAGAAGAACCCAGGAGCGUAUUCCUCUGAAUUCUCACCGAUUGCGUUCAGGUUAUGAAUACUCCCCUCCCAUCCAUGUUCCUCAGCCAAUAACACAGCAGCCACGGUACCUGGCUGAAGGCACCGACUGGGAUCUCAGUGUAGAUGCUGGUCUCCCUCAUCAGUACCAACUCCAGCAGCUUCCACAGCACUAUCAGCAUUACCUGACCUCCCCACGAUUGCACCACUUCCCCAGGAACACAUCAUCUGCCCAAGUGGUUGUUCAUGAAAUCAGAAAUUACCCAUAUCCCCAGCUGCAUCUGUUAGCACUGCAAAGUUUAAAUCCUUCAAGGCAUGCCACCGCUGUGCGAGAAAGUUAUGAGGAGCUGUUGCAGCUUGAGGACCGAUUGGGAAGCGUCAGCAGGGGGGCUGUCCAAACAACCAUAGAAAGAUUCACUUUCCCACACAAAUACAAGAAGAGAAAGCCUCUGCAACUGAAGAUUGGGGUGGAGGAGGAAACAGAUGUGGAUGAGAAGUGUACCAUCUGUUUGUCCAUGCUGGAGGAUGGAGAGGAUGUCAGGCGAUUGCCCUGCAUGCACCUCUUCCACCAGAGCUGCGUAGACCAAUGGCUGGCUACCAGCAGGAAGUGUCCAAUCUGUCGGGUUGACAUCGAAACGCAGCUGAACCCCGACAGCUGAUGAGAUUUGACUCCUUGUGAUUCACUCACUUUUGUGUAAUUCCUCUCUCUCUUCCAUCCCGGCUCGCUGGCCUACCCCGACAUGACACAAUCCAUACGACCCUCCCAACCCCCUUGGUGGGUACUUUGCCAAAUGUCUCCAGACUUCACGCAACAUAAAAACACUUCUAAUUAAUGCUUUAUUGAGCCAAGCUAGGACUGCACUAGAGGCAGCGAAAGACUCUCUUUAUAUAAAAGCACAUCCUCUGGGGAAGCAAAUGACACUGGAACACAAAACCACAUGCGUUCUCAUGUACACAGGGUUUACUUGUAGCUUGCUGGUUGUGAGUGGGGUGCUGUUACAGUUGUGGUGUUGUACUGUAGGUAGCCACGGGUGGUGUAGCAUGUCCUCAAAGCCAUGACUUUAUGUCUAAAGAGUGGAAAACACAUAACCACACACUGAACUCUCUACUGUCUCUCUUUUCUCUCUCUGUCUCUUUCUUACUCUGACACAAACAUAAGCUUAACAGAUAGUAACCGCUCUGAUGCCAUGUUUACCUAAAGAUCUUUGUGGUCGUAGUAGAGUAGCAGUAUCCAACAAGUGAUAUUCGGUGGACUCUCGCCUUCUUUGGUCGAAGCACUAGCUAGCUGAGUGUUUUGAUCACGUCAUACAGCUUUGACUUUUUGCAAUACAGUUGUACUUUUUACCCUGGGUGGUGUCAUUUGAGUGGGUUUCUUUCACUCCUGUGCAACCAGAACCCUGGUGAGUGGUUUUGUGUUUAAAAUGUUAAAAAUAGGUAGAAAAUUGUUUUUUUAAAUUAUUAUAAAUCUUUUUUUUUUUUUUACCAAAAUGCAUUUUAUUGCGUUGUAGCUUGGAUCUGCACACAGGUUUUGUGUGUGUGUGUAUGUCUCUGUGUGUGUGAGCUCUGACCUGGUGUGUUUAACUAAACAAAUACGUGUCAGUGGCAUGUUGCGUUUGCUUUAAGAGUUAGGGGGCAACACCUUUACUCAGACCAUGUAGGUUAAAUACUGCAGCCUCUGAAACUCUUAGACAACACAAAACCAAAAAAAGUGAUAAGAAAAAAAAGUUAUCAUGCACUAGGCAUGGGCCGGUACGAGAUUCUUAAGGUAUGAUAACUUUGAGUAAAAGUAGCAUUGUUUCAUGGUAUCAUGGUAAUUACAUGAAAAUGUAAAAUUAAAAUGUAAAACAUUAACGGGAUUAUUUAAGACAGAAAAUAAACAAAUAUUCCAACUGCUGCUAACAUAUUAUAACGUAUUGAAUAUUACAGACAUACUAUUGGUAUCAAUAACAUUUACGACUUUCCAUUUUAAUUUCAAAACAUAUACUUGCGUUUAUAGAAAAGACACCAGCUAAAUUUAAUAGUUUUCAAGUACUCAUCAAGAAAGCUGCUGUCCUACUCUGUUAUUCUGUUUUGUAGAUUAACACUAGUAUCUAUCUUUUUCCUAUGUAGAUACUUGAUUAUUUGCAGGACCGGCAUUCCUACAUGCAAACAAACACUUUCGCAGUCAAUAUGAAUAAAAACAUGUAGCAAUAUUGACUUUUACACCCAGAUUUGAAUGAUUUAAUCAUUCAAGCUGUAGGAUUACCUAAAAAAAUGUUCUCUGACCACUUAUACUUACCUAUUUCAAUUCAAUUCAGUUUAUUUAUAUAGCACCAAUUCACAACAGAUGUCGUCUCCAGGCACUUCACAAAAGUCAGGUACAUACAUUCCAAUUAAUCCUAAUCAUUGAACA